UUUUAAAGCUAUUCACGGUCUCGUAUACCUGCAGCGCACAUACAGCCUUCGACAAGUUCACGGCCUUAAUUACGCGAAUGGCUUUUACGGUUUUUUCCCCCUGUCGGACCCACACGUUUCUUUGGCGAUUCAUGACUCGCCGCUUUAGGAAAUUGCGAAUACAGGAUUCCACUAUAGUAUACGUCGGCGCGUAAAUCAAUCAGUAAAAUUAGCAUCUUUUACUGUUAAUCCUGUUCACUGGUCUCUAGAAAAAUAUUGGUCUGUUAUAAUUGCUCGAGAGAUAGAGAAGCAGCGGCAGCAGCUUCCGUCGAAUUAUUUAGUCACGACGAAUGCAUAACGUCUCGUAAUGGCUCAUUAAAGCCCUUCCUGCAUACUUUUCUCGAACUUGUAUCCAAAGCUUCGAGGCUAAUUAUAGAAAUGAUUUAGAAGAAGAGCAGCAGAGAGAUGUACAAGUCGGGAGUGAAUCAUCGCCAUUAUUGUCCUGGCUAUUUCGUAUACGGCCGACGUACUCUCCGCUGUAAUUGAGCACGUAAUAAUUACGACCAUAUCAUCACUCAGUCUCUCUCGUAAUAACCAUACGCCGACGUAAUAAUAAUAUCGCCCCGCAGUGUCAAGUUCGGUGUGCGGAGGAGGCCGAAAUCGAGGAAAACAAGCAUCGGGGAUCGGUAUGUCGUCCUUUAUUUUGGCCUGACGUAAUAUACCACCGAUACACGAAGAUUCAUCGCGAAAGAGAGCUUCGUGUUACCGCCCUGUACGCGCGUGGGCGUCGAGAGCUUUUUCUCCAUUGACUAUUUUAUUUUCUCUCGAGAUAUUCGAGAAUACACGCACGCUUUUAUGAGAAGACGCUUUGUCACACUGUACUGUUCUACAAAAAUCGAUAUGACAAGGAACUUUUCAGCCCCCAGUCGUCGGCACUGAAGCUCAUACAGACAUCGGGAAAAAUCGAAGCAACGUGUCGUAAAAUAUCAAUCUGUGUACAGUACCGGUGUUCGCAUGUGUGUACGAGAGAGAGAGAGAGAGAGAGAGAGAGAGAGAGAGAGAGAGAGAGAGAGAGAGAGAGAGAGAGAGAGAGAGAGAGAGACUAUACGGCCUACGGAUUCUGUAUCGGCGCUCGAACGAAACCGGUAGCUUACGCAAGCGUUUGUGUAGCCGGCAGCGAUGACUUCAACGGCAUUCCUGCAUCGUAUAUAGGCGCGCCGACGACGUUGUUCACCCAGCUACGAUCGAAAAUCCACGAAAUUCUUCGAGUUUUCUUCAAGCAUGAAAUUAAGCACGAAUAACAAAUUCCUCUCUCCAAGACAUCCCCCUCGCGCGCGCGGGGGAGUCUAGCGAUUUUUCACGGACACGUGUAGUAAUUGCUUGGCUCCGAGUGUCUCAUUGUGCGUGAUAGAGUUUCAGGGCCGCGCGAAAAACCGCGGAACUCGGCUUCGGCGCCAGUAUAGCCGGUUUUAAAAUAAACCUCAGCCCCGCGCGCACAGCUCGCUUUCUAUCUCUCUUCUAUUGUGUGAGAGCGCGACAAGUCGCGCCUCCUCCGCGAAUAAGCUGGAGUGUGUAUAGUGCAACGCGUGUGUAUAAUAUAGAAGGAGAAAACCUUUGCGAUGUAUACAUGUAUAACGGGCAGAAAAAAGGCGGCGUUCUAUUUUCGAGCUAAUGCGUUCGCGAGUGAAUUGAAAAUUCUAAUCGAGCUUGCGAUUUGUCGCUCAGAGCUGAUUGAAAUAUUCUCAAUGGAAAUGCUUACGGUUGAAGCGAAGAAAAAAAAAACUCAUCGUGUAAUUGAAACGGAGGAAACGCGAAAGGAACAGCAGCGGCGCAGCAGCGUGACGUUAAACUUGCAGUUCUCGCGCGUAACGAUACUGGGCAUCAUCUGUCUCGCCUGUGGUUCUCCGGCUCUUUAUGGCGGUACCCAUUGGUUCCUCUUCGUCGCAUCGACGGCCUUCUUGGUCACCAUCGUCUGGUGCGUCAUCUACCUGAUUUCCCUGCGAGAGGCCCUCAAGUUACCCAUCAAUUGGAUACUUUCUGAACUGAUCAACUAUGCCCUCUACACCUUGCUGUACUUCACGGCGUUUGUGGCCGAACUCGCGAGUGCCUUUUGGGCGAAACACAUCGUUGCUGGGGUCUUUGGCCUGCUGAACAACGUGGCCUACGCAGCCAGCACGUACUUCCUCUACCUCGAGUGGCAGAACAGCCGGCAGUGAGCCUCGAGGCAGCGAUAAUCCACCAAACAAGCCGCGAUCUUCGAACUGAGCUGCAGUUGCAUACAUGUUGACCCGCGCAAUUAGUCGAUUUGAUUAUCGACUGCUACUUCGCGCCUCAUCGUCAUCGCGUCGUCGUCGCUACAAAACAGACAUCUACCGACGCACACACGGGCUCGACGACGAUCGAUCACUCGCGCGCCUAUGUCUACAUCUUUUACUGCUAUUAUUAUAUUUACGAGGAAAUUUUGUUUUUCUAAUUUUAAAUUAUUUUUACUACUAUCGACACUGUAUCUAGGACCGAUAUUCACCGUUGCACGCGCGCAUACCAUUGUACAAACUGCGACGCUCCGUUUUACACCGCAUCGACGUGACAUGAUCUUGUACACCUCGUUUUUUCUCUGUCACUCUGACUUCGGUUCUUAUCGUUGCGACGAAAUGAAACGUAAGUGCGAGUCGCUCGAGACUCCGUCCAAGAAUGGAAUUUUGAUUUUCUUUAUUGUAUACUCAACAUAAUCUCCACUGCUGCACACGUGCGCGUCGACGAGGGAAGACGAGACGCGCAGCCCGACUUAUGUAUCGCUUAACCGAGUGCCUUAUAUAACACACUAAAAGAAGAUGAUUAAAAUCACGGAGACUUGUUCAAUUGCAGCGUGCGUGUGUGUGUGUGUGUAUACAAGCUUAUUAUAUACUAUUAUGUACCGAGUCGAUCGAUCACCAUUGUGUUUUCUUACGCGCAUAUGUACGUAAGUCCGUUUUAUUUUGUAAUUUAUAUAAGUCGAUCGUAUAUGUAUCUUACAUGUAUGUAUACUGUACAGAGAGAUAUAUAUUGGGGGGAUGUUUUUUUUUCGUCGAUCUUUUGAAAUGCAUGGACGCGAGGCAGCGCACAAAGAAUAGAGUACGGGAUGCGUCGGCAGAUCCCGUCGAACUGGCAUAUAUCGGGCCAAUGCGACGGGAUUCGCAGAAGUUUCGAGUGAGAGAGAAAGCUGCAUUUACUAAAUAUCGAGAGCGACGUCAUUUUACCGAGUAUAUAACAGAGAAAUAUAUAUAUAUAUAUAUUUGUUACUUGUUAAAAGAAGAUAUAUAAUAGCGGAGUUUUAUGAUAUAUGUAAAAGUAAUAUUAUAUUAUAUUAAUACCAUACUGUACGAUUAAUAAUUAGCAGAAGAGUUAUAUGCGUUCGGCCAAGCGCCCGCGAACGAUUCUCGCUUUGAAAGCGGGGUUCGAUCGGCGGUGCGCAGAUUUGCUCUACUUUUUUUUUUAAUAAUUUUUCGAAUAAUGUCUCUAUUUAUUGUCUUCAAGUCGCUAUCAUCAUGUGAAAAAAGUACGAACAAAUGAGAAAAACCAAUGCAUACAUACAUAACAAACGAAAUAAAGAUUUUAACGUUGAAAA